CGUGGCGCGCAAAGUUUCCUGGUUUCCUGGUCCGCAGCCUGAUCGCUUUAUGAUGAUACAUGUGAACUAUUAUCACAUGGAAAAAAUGACCCUCAGCCCGGCCCGUGUUAUUCUUAACUUUUCGUGUCGCCCUGCACUGAUCUACUGGUUCCUUAUCUCUGCAAUGCCUCUUGCGCUUCUACAAAGAAAACUGUGAUAUUUAGGGAUGCUGUGUGUGAUCCAGCUGGCUACAAAUCUCCUGCUAUUCUCAGGUGGACGAUAUCAGAUUCUUUCCCAGCAUGACUUUGUCUGUAUGGUCAAUUGCACAGAUCUCAGCGAUGGUCGUCGGCCUCGCGAUUAUGAUCACCUCUCGUAUAAGGUCCACAAGGGCCCCUACCUACCCCCCGAAGGUCAGGAGCCUUUUGCCGUGGGUUGGCUCUGCCCUUAGUUUUGUCUUUGGACAGAGCAACUUCUUGGCCCUCUGCCAAGUGCAAUAUGGACCUGUGUUUCAGCUUCUGGCCGGGGGUCGUAAUAUCAUUGUUGUCACGUCGCCGGACUCCCUCACUAGCGUCACCUUUGCUGAUCACCGCGCCCUUUCACCCUGUGCCCAGCAUCAUUCUCAUAUCAGCGCCCUCUGUAGUGAUUCUUCGCUCCAUCCGCAAAUCUACGAUACUAUCGCUCAUAAAAUAUUCCCCGUCCUUGACCGACGUCUGUCAAAGAGAGGGCUGGAAGAUAUCACACCCCCAUUUGCUCGGCUCGUCUUUGACAAGCUCAAACUCCUUCCUGGAAGAUUCCACGUCUCUCUCAGGCGGUCCCUUAUAGAGCCUCUGUUUGCCGGUGCUAACGGUGUGCUCUUUGGGAGCAGAUUCCCUCAAGAUACGUACGAAGAUUUCUUCACUUUACUCGACAGUCUUCCAAAACGCCUUUGCAAACGUCCGUUCUGGUCCUUGCCGUCUAGCCGUGCACGUGACAGGUUGCUCCGGCGCAUCUCUGACUAUCUCGAGGGAGCAAACGCUGCCGUUGAUGACCAUGUGGCGGCUAGCUUCACUGCACUUUUUAGGGAACACAACAUCCCUAUCAAGGUGGCAGCUCGAUCAGUUUUGAUGAUCAUGUCAUCACUUCAUCAAAACACGGUUAACAUCGUAUUCUGGCUUUUCGCCUGGCUGCUAGCAGACUCCUCUGCCUUUUCCGCUGUGCGGGAUGAAAUUGACAGAGCUGUUGGGGAGGAAUUUGGGAGUUUCCAGACUUUCAUUGCAGAGGCCAGCCUAGAAAAUUUGGAUUCUCCAGCUUUCGCACUCCUCAACUCUGCGAUUCUCGAGACUAUGAGGCUUGCAACUGUGCAGAGCGGAAUGCGUGAAGCUACUUGCGACCUCGUUAUAAAGGACGGGGACAGGACUAUUCCAAUACGGAAGGGCGACUAUGUGUUACUUGAUCCACGGGGAACUCACCUGGAUAAGAACUUGUAUCCAGAGGGUGACAAGUUUGUUGCGGGCCGGUUUGCCGAGAGUGAGUAUCGGGGCGACUUGGCGGCGACGACGGGAUAUCCCUUUUUCGCUUUGGGAGGCGGGAAGCAUACUUGCAAGGGCAGGUUUCUUGCUAUAUAUGAAAUCAAGGUCUUGGCAAUCAUAUACCUUUCUCUUUUCGACAUCACAUCCGUCAGUCGAGGUGAAGGUUUACCGCCGGUAUGGGAACCCCCCGAACCCAGUGGGCAGAGUGCUGGUACUGUACACCCCAAAGAAGAUGUAUUCGUGAGGUUGUACCCUAGGUUCGUCUUGUAGUAGUCAGCCUGUGUUGGAUAAGCUCCUGGACGAGAGCGUGGUUCUGU